AUGGCAUAUCGGCGAGGUGGUACCACAAAACAUGACUCGGUGUACACAAAAAACUGGACAGCAUUUUGUCUCCAAAAGAAAGUCGAUAAUCUUCAACCACCUAUAAGAGAAGUUUUAGAUUUUCUUUCAGAACUUUUUAACCAAGGACUCAGCUACAGUGCUAUUAACUCUGCUAGAGGGGCACUUUCUUCUUAUGUCUCUCUGGAUGAUGGCUAUAUGGUUGAACAUGACCCGCUGGUUAAAGAAAAAGAACGAGCAAUAGUUGCCGGGCGAGAACUUGAAGCUACACGGAAAGAACUGGAACACGCCAAGCAGUGGAAAGGACAGUUUGAAUCGACACAAUCCAAAAUGCUAGAGUUGGAACUUGUCAUCCAGGAACUGCGAGAGGAACUCAGUGAACAUGACCCUUGUGGAGAAAGAUGGCACCGAGGAACGCGCCAAAACAGAAAAGGAGGAGCUAGAAGAGAAAAUUCUCCAGAGGAUGCCGAUGAGAGGGAACAGCAACAAGAUGAAAACGUGGAAGUUGGAAUUAAAAAGAACAAGCUCGUUCAAGGACUUGAAAAAAGUAUAUGCGAACUAGAGGACAAAUUAAUGGAAUCUGAACAGAUUCAAGCGAAUGGAGAUAUACCCCGUAUUGCGGUAGAAACUACAUCGGAACAGAAACCGCCAAGUGAAAAUCAGGUUAUCGAAUCUGAAAAGUUUCAGCAAGUACUACAUGAGAGAGAACAAUUGGAACAAGAGAAAAGUAGCCUCAAGCAACAAAACAAAAUGAUAAAUUCUGAACUUGAACUUCUUAGAAAACUCUUAAGUCAAAGAAAUAUUGAUAAAAAGGCAGAAUGGGACAUGAUAAACGAGAGAAUGGAUGAGAUAUCAGCCGAACGCGACCAGAUAAGGAAUGAGAAGAACCGACUGAGAGAAGAACUUGUAAGAAUGGCUUCUGUUGCUAAGGACAUGCAUAAUAUAGAGGAACUGUUACGAACUAAUCCUGAUGAAAGCGCUUACAUACAUCAGGCGGGGGCUUUGAAGAUAGCAAACAACGUUCUGCAGAGUGAACUUCAAGACUUGAUUCAGAAGGAAAGGGAAUUGAGGGCAGCUAAUGACAAGCUUUGGAAGGAAAAGGCGUGGUUACAAACGGGGCGUGGUUCGUCCUUGUCAUCUAUGGAUGGGAAUUUCAAUCAAGAAGUUGGUCGUCUGGUAACAGAGAACGUGGAACUCCGUGAACAAGUUGAAAAACUGGAGGCAGAGCUGGAAGAGUACAAGAAAGGUGGAACAACAGCACUGACUCCAUUCCGAGGAAGAGCACAGUCGUGGAGAGGUGAAGAGGAGCAGAAACGGAGAGCUCAAAGUUUCUUAUCUGGUCAAGAACCAAAAGCUGGAAAGUUGGUUAUGAGGCAUGCCGGACUGCUUAGGAAAUCCUCGCAUGCACACAUGGAAGGGGUAGUUAUUCUGUUUACUGAUUCUCUUCCCCCUCUGCCGCAAUUGAGACAACACAAAAUCCGUGGAAUGAUUGAGUUUUCAGGCGAGGAUGAAGAAAAAGUUAUCAAAUUCCUAAUUACUGAUAUGAACCCCAGAUCCAUGGCAGAGGCUAUCCCAGGACACCUCGGGCACAUCCUGUUCAUGUGCAUCCGGCAUUGUGAUCACGUGAAUGAUGACCGGCGUAUGCAGAGUCUGCUGACUAACAGUAUAAACAGCAUUCGAAAAGUAGUCCAGAAAAACCCUAAUGAUCUUGAUAUCUUGGCAUUUUGGCUGGCAAAUACGUCGCGCCUUCUUCAUGACAUGAAGCAGUACAGUGGCGAUAAAGCGUUUCAAGUGCAAAACACUCCAGAACAAAACGAACACUGUCUGAAAAACUUUGACCUGACAGAGUACCGGCAGGUGCUGAGCGACCUGGCCAUACAUGUCUAUCAAGAUUUAGUCAAGUGUAUAUGGGAAGCUAUACAACAUAUGAUAGUGCCUGGAAUGCUUGAGUACGACUCAAUUCCAGGCGUGUCCAGUUCCAAACUAUUCGGUGGGCGAUCCAAAGCUCAUGCUGACAUCACAGUGAAGUCUGUCACAAAGAUGCUGUCAAACUCCCUUGCCAUACUUAAUGCCCAGUGCGUGGAUCCGGAAAUCAUCAUACAGGUUUUUAGACAGCUCUUUUAUUGCAUUGGUGCCAACAUGAUGAACAACCUUCUGUUAAGGAACGACUUGUGUCAUUGGUUAAGGGGAAUGCACAUCAGGUCCGUGAUCAUAUAA